UCCUGCUCAGUGUGUUUAUCUUUUGCUCAUAUUAAAAGCAGCACCAGGAAGAGGCUGUAUGGUGAGGUUGGAACAGGGAAACAAAUGAGGCAGAUAAAGGAAGAGAGGAAUGGUGGAACUGUCAUAGCCUGAGGUGUAACAACUGAUGGAGAACUGCCAGAUUCUUGCUGGAUUUUUCAAAUAUUAUGCAAAAUACUGAGGGAAGAAAUGAAACUUUGAUGAUGUGAUUACGAAGACAUAACUAUGUGGUAUUCAUAAGAGCAGGCUAGGGAUAAGGAUCGUUUUGAAUCGCUUUCGUCUCGGGGGAAGGAUUUCCACGUGCUCAGAGUACCUCCUGCGGACCGCAAAGAAGACAGGCACUGCAGGCUACUGGAGAGCCGAAUUCACCAAAAAUAUGUAUGAACAAGGAGCUUGAAAAUUGCACAGUUGAACAAAGGCUUCAGCAUGGAGAAGAUGAAGAUCAAGCAGUCAUGAGCCAUGACUCCUCCUCUUGUACAAAAACUGGAAACAUGACAACUUGGCAGAAUGGCUUGGGAAAUGCCACCUCUGUUAUCUGUAUAGUAAUGGAUAAUAAAGAAUCAGGGAGCAAUACUACCUCAUUAUGUCAUAAUGGGGGGAUCAGCACAAAUAACAAAAAUGGAAAUAACAAUCAGGACGAUAAAACCAGUCCUUCCAAAAUAAUGCAUUUUUUCCCCACUCCUCGUAAGAGGUCCAGCUCCAAUGUAGAACGGCCUCGUUCGGUUAUAGUUAUGGGGAACUCGUCGACAUGGAAUGCUUUGUCUUCCCUUAGAAAAAUGGGAUCCUUCAAGAAGUUAAAAUCAUCAGUUCUCCAAGGAAUUUCAGCCAAAGAAGAUCCGGAUAGCUUAAAGGAUAGCCUGUCAGAGAACAAAACCAGGAAGUACAUUCCAAACAAUACAACUGUGAGAGUUCAGACAAACAGGUAUUCUUAUUCGGGGCCUUUACAUGACCGCACCACAGAUAACACGGUGGUUUCUGAUAAUUCUGAUGGAGAGGAAGAUUCCUUCCUGAGGAACACGCAUCGAUCACGCAGCAUCAGACGUGCUUAUGCAACUGGCCGUAUAAAUUUAUUAGAUGGCGAUCAAACCCAGGACCCACAGAGCAAUGCCAAAAUGGUCUCCUCUGUCCUGCAGGAAUCCCAGAUUUGUGAAAUUGUAGGAAAAGAUCCAGAGUGUCCCAAAGUGAUUUAUAGGAGGAGUAAAAGCAGCGAUAACCUGAAUUUUCUCAAAAAGAGCUCGUUCAAAAGGAAGUCGACCUCAAACCUCACCGACCUCAAAGCUGUAAACGAAAAGCCUUUGCUACCAAGAACCACAAGUAUGUCGUCAACUGACUCAGACAAAACCAACAGGAACUCGGAGCGGAAAUCAAAACGUUGGAAGAGCCCAAUUAGAGCGAAGGAUUUUGACAGAGUUUUGAAACUUGUCAGUAACGUAACUGAUGGUGCUUUGAAGAAGGACUGUUCUAGGACUGAUAUUUCUUCCCCCGGUGAACAGAACCAAAAGACAAGACCAAACAGCAGGCUCCACGAGGACUAUUCCCGCAGGGUUUCCAGCAGCACUGAGAAUGAGAGGCGGAAGUGUCUGCCAUCCCGACGUCACCCAGCUUCAGCUCCUGCCAGGUUCACCAUCCAGCGCUCUGAGGAUGACUCUGCUGGUUCACCAUUUGCAUUAAAUGUUGAUGCUACAGGCCGUAGGAUGUCAUCCUGUGAGCUUUCAGACUUGGUUUGUUCUCCACCUCCACUUCAGAACCCUGGGUCAAUUCCUGAUGAAGUUUUCCAUGAAGAUUUUGAUGGGUCAAAAAACUCCAGCCCAUUUACAUAUAGCACUGAGCCCCCCGACCAACCUGUUAGACCCACCGUUCCCAAGCCUCAGAGUCUUAGUGCUGAAAGCAUCAAGUGCAACAUGGAUGUCCAUUGUCCAGACCGGUACAGUACCCUGUCGCUCAGCUCAGUGGAAAGUGAGGGAAGAGGGGAGGGGUCGUCUGCCAAGUUGGGGAAGAGUCCUGUUUGCUUCCAGGAUUCUGUGCAAGCCGUCUACUAUGAUGAUACAAAUGAAGACAGUGGCAUCAGCAGCCAUUCUCAGCUGAGUCUCAACUUAGCUAUGAGUGCUGAUGAAAAGAAGGAAGAGGUAAGAAGGAAAGUUGUUACUGAUGAUCACUGGAAGAAGUUUCCAUUUCAAGAUGAAGAAAGAGCAGAUGCUCAAAAAGUCCCAACCAGAAGAUGGGGUUCUGGAAAAAGAUCUCGGCCUCGGCCGCUCUCAGAUUAUGGCCAGUUGGCAAUUAGAAGUUCUUCCAUUCCAGAAGAUUCUGUCGCUAUGGAUUCCCAGGAAAUGGACUCUCUGGAGAAUGACAGUGAGACCAAGCCUCUCCCUGUUAAAUCAAGAACUUGUGCAGUAGCCAAUCCAAAAGCCCACAGAAGACGACCCAUCUCUGUCAUUGGUGCAAUCAGUUACUAUGAGAAUAAUCAAACGGAAGAAAUAACUGCUCUCCUUGCACAACCUGUGGCACGGCCCCCCGUACCAGCACAUCAGGUUCCCCCCUACAAAGCUGUCUCAGCCAGAAUCCGCCCCUUCACCUUUUCUCAAAGCACACCCAUUGGUCUGGAUAAAGUUGGAUGUAAGCGUCAAAUGAGAGCAUCCAAUGGUGCUGCAGAUGGUAAUGCUGAAUCUUCAGCUUUAGUCGAUGAUAAUGGCAGUGAAGAGGAUUACAGCUAUGAAGAACUCUGCCACGCCAACCCCAGGUACUUGCAGCCUGGAGGUGAGCAGCUAGCUGUCAAUGAGCUGAUAAGUGAUGGAAAUGUGGUCUAUGCAGAGGCCCUCUGGGAUCACGUGACCAUGGAUGAUCAGGAAUUAGCCUUCAAAGCUGGAGAAGUCAUCCAAGUCCUUGAAGCUUCCAACAAAGAUUGGUGGUGGGGAAGAAAUGAAGACAAGGAAGCCUGGUUUCCAGCCAGUUUUGUCAGACUACGAGUCAAUCAAGAAGAAUCUGCAGAAUACUGUAGUAGCCUCCAAGAUGAAGAACCAAAUGUAGAUCCUGAAAAGCAUCGCCAAAAAAUAGCAGAAAACAAAGAUCAGAUGAGAACCAAUGUAAUUCAGGAAAUAAUGAACACAGAGAGGAUUUAUAUCAAACAUCUCAAAGACAUCUGUGAGGGAUACAUUCGGCAAUGUCGCAAACAUACAGGAAUGUUCACUCCAGCCCAGCUAAGCACCAUAUUUGGAAAUAUUGAAGAUAUUUAUAAAUUCCAAAGAAAAUUUUUGAAAGAUCUAGAGAAGCUGUACAACAAAGAAGAGCCCCACUUAAGUGAAAUAGGGUCCUGCUUUCUUCAGCAUCAAGAAGGAUUUGCGAUCUAUUCUGAGUAUUGUAACAAUCACCCUGGAGCCUGCCUUGAGCUCUCCAACUUGAUGAAACAGAGCAAGUACCGCCAUUUUUUUGAAGCUUGCCGCCUCCUUCAGCAAAUGAUUGACAUUGCUAUUGAUGGUUUCCUCCUCACCCCUGUUCAGAAAAUCUGUAAAUAUCCCCUGCAGCUUGCUGAAUUAUUAAAGUACACCACUCAGGAUCAUAGUGACUAUAACGAUAUCAAGGCAGCAUAUGAAGCCAUGAAGAACGUAGCUUGCCUCAUCAAUGAACGCAAACGAAGACUGGAAAGUAUAGACAAGAUUGCUCGCUGGCAAGUCUCCAUUGUCAACUGGGAGGGGCAAGACAUCUUAGGCAAAAGCUCUGAAUUAAUCCACUCGGGAGAAUUGACCAAAAUCUCCAAACAAGGCAAGAGUCAGCAAAGAACGUUCUUCCUUUUUGACCAUCAGCUUGUGUUCUGCAAGAAAGAUUUAUUGAGAAGGGACAUGUUGUAUUACAAAGGCCGGAUGGACAUGGACGAAAUGGAGGUGGUAGAUGUUGAGGAUGGCAAAGACAAAGACUUCAAUAUCUCUGUAAAAAAUGCUCUCAAAAUUGUUAAUAACGCUACAGAAGAAGUUCACCUGUUUUGUGGGAAAAAGCCAGGUGAUAAAAAAAAGUGGCUGGAGGCCUGUGCAAAUGAGAGGAGACGAGUGCAAGAAGACAAAGAAAUGGGAAUGGAAAUCUCAGAAAACCAAAAGAAGCAAGCAAUGCAAAAUGCACGGAAGUCAAGACAAGGGAAAAUGAAAGGUGUCAACUAUAAUGGCUGCCCAGUGCCACCACUACUCCAAAGUUUGCAUCCUAUCCAUCAGCGUCACGUUACAGUGCCCACUAGUAUUCCACAGCAGCAGGUGUUCGCCCUAGCAGAACCAAAGCGGAAACCAUCCCUUUUCUGGCACACUUUUAACAAACUGACACCAUUUAAGAAAUGAACAGCCCAAACAUCCAUGGCCUGAGAGGCCAUCCAGAAAAGAGGAACAAUUUGCCAGCAAAGCUUUUGUUGGUCCGGUUGGAAAACCUGGAUUCUGCCCUGGAGAGAAGAUAUGGGCUGAUUUUUGAUUUUUCCACCAUAGCCUUCAUUGAACAACGUGAAGAAGACGUGGGUUUAUUGAAGGAGAUAGUGAAUGAUCUGAAAUGGAUGUGGUCCUGAAUCAAUAAACAGACUGAUGGGAGAGUUGCCACUUGACCACAAUAGCAAAUUGCUGCUUUCUCAGAAAAUGCCAUGUGCAUAUGUCACCCUUGUACCAAAGGAAUGGUUCAAAAAUUUUAAGCCAAUUUGACAGGCUUAAUAAUGAAUGGAUUGGCCAAAUUUAAAAACAGGAAGGAUAACUUCUCUGCCUUUGUGCAGAAUUCGGCAAAGAGUGGUUUCAUCCUUCCUAUGGCUUUUACAUCAUCAAGUUGUUGAUACUGAGAAAACUGCUUAGUUCUUCCUAUUUGUCUUUGUUUGCUGUGUUCUUCUGUUAAAUGAGACUUAGACUUCCUCCGAGGCACAUUUAUGGCAAAAGGAAGAAAAUGUGAAUUUGGUGUCAUAAAUAUACGAACAUGUAUUUUUAUAUGAAGAAAGUCCCUCUUGGACUCAGGGUGGAGUCUUACCAAAAAUGGUAUUUUGCUGUAUGCAUUUCUAUUCAUCAAGAAAUGGAUUUCACUUUGCUAUCUCUGGCUCUUGAGUCCAUGAAAACUGCAUCAUUGGUUUCCAGUGUGCCUGCUUGUACUUUAUGAAAAAAAAUGAAAGUAUUUCUUUUUAAAUUUUAAAAGUGCCUUAAAUGGCACCAAUGCGACUUAUACAAAGAUAAGGAUAUGAAAAAGCAACCUGAGAGAGUUUUUACUCGAUCCCAUAAAUGUACUUGUUCCAUCUGGGUUUCUUACAAAAAAUGACUUUAGACAAGUUCCAACAUGAUCUUUUUAUGUGGUUGCUCUUAUGUGCAUCAGAUAAGCCAGAAGAGGCUUAACAAUUAUUUCUUUGGCAUUAUGUUAAGAGUAUCCAACACUAGGACCAUCUGGUGACAUUAGAAAAUGAACUUUGAUGAAACUUGGUUAGAAACAUGGCCUAUUUAUAGACUAUUAAAAUGAUAUGUCCUUGUUUUGAUUUGGUUUGUUCUCUUCUGUGAAAUGAAAUUGUUUUUUUAGCAGGGUUUAAUUGCUAAAAAUACCCCCCUUUGAGACAACUGCCAUAAAUUAGGGUUUGUGGCAUGCUCUUGUUCACCCUCUCUGUUUUAGUCGUAUAUUGCUAAUGCUUAUAGUAAAACACUGGAUCUUGAAAACAGGGUGGGUAUGUAAUUAGCACUAAGCCAUAAUGGAUGUGUUCAAUUUGGUCUGUUACAGUAAUCCAAGAUCUGCAGUUUAUUAACUGUGGUUCAUGCCACAGUCUGUUGAGCAUAUCCAGCCAAUUCUGAUUUAAACCAUGGUUGACAAAACUACAGCUCAGAGUAAUGCAUAAGCAACUUAUGACAACAAAAACAAAUUCAGGGAUUUUUAUAUUAUUUUUGUUACAAAGAUUGGGGGAGGGUUCUUUAAAAAAAAAGUAUCAGCCUUUCCUAAAUAGGCUGGAUUACAAUUUCUUAGCCAGCUUGACCCAAAAGAAAGGCUAAACUGCAUGAAGAGCUAUGGCAUCAACCAGGUAAGCUAAAAUGUAAAACACAUAUUUGAGUCCAUUCCUCAAUAGAAGUUUAGAAAGUAAACCAUUUUGAUUUAAUCGUAAAUUACUUCUGAGCAGAUAUAGCUAGGAGAGGUUGCCAUCCCGCUAAACUGCAACUUUUUUCAGUCUCUACUUGAACAGACAUGCUUCAGUAUUAAAGACUGAGCUUAGGGAGGUUCAGUAGUUCCAAAGUUUGACUUCAUUGUGCCAUCUUAUGUACAUAUAGGGGGCAUGGUGGCUCAGUGGUCAAAAUGCUGAGCUUUUCAGUUGGAAAGCUGACAGCCCAAGUUUGAGACCCGAGUGCCUUGGAAUGGAGUGAGCUCCUGUUAUUUGUUCCAGCUCCUGCCCAUCUAGCAGUUCGAAAGUAUGCAAAUGCGAGUAGAUAAAUAGAUACCAUUUCAGUGGGAAGGCAACAGUGUUAAAUGUGCCUCGGCAUAUAGUCAUGCUGGCCAUAUGACCAUGGAAAUGUCUUCUGCUGGUUCCCUUGGCCAAGAAACUGAGAUGACCACUGUGCCCUAGAGUCGGACACAACUGGACAAUUACAUUUAUUAUAUAUAGGCACACACAUGGUGUUAUAAUGAUUUUUAUCAAUUGACAGCUUCAGCAAUAGACAAUAAAAACUGAUAUGAAAAUGCUAACAAAAGGUGUUGAUUAGCCCUGAUUGAUUUUAUAAAUAUAUUGAAAGGAAUUGGUGCAUCUUCAUUUUUAAUACACAUUGAAAUGUCUUUACUAACAAGAAUGUUUAAAUAUGAACAGAUAGUUUUAAAAACAAGCAUGCAAUAUAUGUCUCUGUACAUAGCAUAACAUAUUCUUCAAAACAGGCCUUCCCUCCAGGUAUGCUGGAUUUUGAGUCUAAUGCCAAAAUAGCAUUGGUACUGGGUUAGAGAGACUGAAAUUCUGAUUCACCUAGAAAGCACUCAGCCAGGGGGACGAUGCCUUAAAAUAGUUUUGGUGCUCAGUUGUUCAUCAUGCUGUUCAUACUUGCUUUUGAUAUUAGCCAUACUUGCUUUUGAUAUUACCGUCUCAGACAAAUGGCUGUCCAACCUCUUCUGAAUAACCUCCAGUGUUAGAGUACCCACAACUUCUGAAGGGAAGCUGUUCCAUUGAUUAAUUGUUCUCACUGUCAAGAAAUUUCUCCUUAGUUCUAGGUUGGUUCUGUCCUUAAUUAGUUUCCAUCCAUCUUGGGGGCCAGCUAGAUCCACCUCCUGUUCAAUGCAUGAUCUCUGAGAACAUUUUUGACUGAUCCAAUCACAGUCUGGGGACCCCAGAGAAGGGGAAUAUGCCUAAUAAGAUAUUAUAUUCCUCUUGGUCAUGUAUAAACCAUCUUAGUAACUCAGCUCGUUCCCUUAAAAUGAACAUCUUUAAAAUUUGAAAAAAUCCAUAUUUUUAAAAUGUGCCCCUAAAAUUGUGUCUUAACAAUUGGGACUUUUAACAAAAGUCUAUAAUGUAUUUUAGAUGGCUGACCAGACAUUUUUGGUUUAGGGCUCACUAUGUUAAAAUAUUUUUUGUUGUAGUUGAGCGUUGUAUGAGGGGAUGAGGUGAUGUCAUCAGAAGACAACUGCAUUUUUUAAAAUUAUCAUUUUGGCAGGUUGAAAAUUGGGCAAAGGUUUUCUUCAUAGAUGCAUUAGGUGUAUUAGAAGUUUAAUAUAUCUAUUUCCUUUUUAUUUACCACCUAAUAUCAAUAAGUCACAGCAUUUUAUUUAUGGUGGUUUGCAGCCACACUUCAGUACUGUGAUUUUGAGAGUAUGAGGCAUAGAUUUUUCUACCUUUAAUCAUAAUAUCAAAUUAGCCAUAUUUCUUUCCAGGAAGACCUUCUUCUCCCCAUCUCACUUUUUUCUAUUUCCUCCCCAAAAAGUUCUGUUAAACAUGCUUUAAGUCCUCUUUACACUGUUUAGAUGGAGGGACUGCUAUUUAUAAUUACAAGAAGAGGCCACCAUUUCUGUUGGUACUCUUAGUUCAGGACGAGAAGUAGUGAGGGAUAGCUGCUAUUUUGUCUAGACAAAAGAGAGAGGAUUAAAACAACAUCCUCUAUUCUCUGCAUGUGUCCAGUUCCCUUUCCAGUAAAUACUAGAUUUAGUGGUUGAAAUGAAUAGAAUAGAAUUCUUUGAAUUUGUAGAUGCACUGAUAAAUUCUUCAGAAAACCCUCAAAUGUCCUAAUGUUUUCUUUUAUUCAUAUCCUUUUCAUGUAUUUAUAAUUAUGUUUACACUUGUAUCUGUCAUAAAAUACAUGCUUGACGGAAUAAAUAAAUAAAAAAUAAAAAAUGUUACAAAGAGAGGGAAAUCAUACUGUUCAUAUUAUGAAAGAAUAAUGCUAUGCUCAACAUUUUGCUUGGCAAACGUUUUGUUAAUAGUCUGUUAGACAGCUUUUUGCAGCCUAAUUGUGUACUGUAUGAAGGAAAAGCUUUUGUAGCUUGCAAGAGUAUUUAAAGAGAGAAAAUUAUUAGGUUUUUUUCAAUAUUGAUAAUAAUUUAGCCUGGAAUACUACAAAAACCUGAUAGGAAUGAUCACAAUUUAGAUUACUGCAAGAACUCUUGUAAGCUAUUUAUCCUAACAAAUUAAUGUCUAAUAUUUCCUGACUAAUAUUUUAUCGUCAUCUGCUGAUUAAAUUCUGAAAAGCCAAGUUAAGGUUUGUAUUUGUUCUCAUGUUUUCUACUUUUUACCUCAUCCCUUACCCAAAGCAUAUGAAUUUCUAUAAUUUUUUCCCCAUAAAUUUCAAUUUUCUUACAUUUAAAAACCCUGAUUUCAAAAAUAUACUGCUAAUAGUAUACAACUCUUAUUUAAGAAACACAAAGGCAAAAUGGACAUGCAAAGGUAAAUUAAACCUGACUCUGGUCUAUCUGGAAAUUAAAGUACAUUUCAGAAUGUUGUUUUUCCAAUUGAUAAUAAACUUGCCUUGAUCAGAAUUUCAAAUUUUAAACAGUGUAACUGAUUUUAAAGCUGUGUACCAAUUCCACCCUACAUUCAGAAAAGUGGAUGCUGAAUUUGAUUGUUGCUUGGUUUAACUUCUUAGAUGCCUUCCAAAGUCUUUGUCACAAGAGGGUGAAAGCAUAAAUUAUUAUAAUGAACAAAAUUGAAUACCCAGUAUCCAUGGUUUGAGAUUUCUCAUAUUAAAUAUUGUGCACACCUGGAGUCCCCUAUUUUAUAGGAUCAAUUUCUAUAAUUCAGGACAAUAGCCAUGCUGGUUGGGUAUGAAAACAUCUGUUGAAUUAACUGGUGUGAAGACUGAAGGGCAUUUUUACACAGCAUCUUUAAUUUAAUCCUAGAUUAAUAAGAGUUCUCCUUGUGUGAAUGAAUUGAAAAACAGAAAAUUCCACCCUGCUUCUCUUGAGAAAGAGAAGUGCCAAAUUCUGAAUCCUUAAUUCAUUAGUAACUUACAUUUUAACAAGAAAGGUGGGCAAUAUUUCAAAUUCAAAAUAUGUCUUAAGUUCAAAUGGGUUGUUCUGAUUUAUGGAAGUUUCCCAAGCUGUUCUGACUAUCUUGGAAGAGUCUUGGAUUCAAAAUGGGACUGCUUCAAGUUCAGAACACUACAGAAUAGUCAAAACAGCACUGGAAUAUUUGCAUUCUGGCUGGAACAGUGAUUUUAAACUAAAAACCAUUUCAAACUCAAAAUGGAAGAUGUUGAGCUCAAAACACUUAAUGUGCCACUACUUUCUUCAAAUAAGUUAACUAGAGGUUAUCUUCUCAUGAACUAAACUGAAAAACUUGGCUAGUAUUAUUAUAUAGUAUAUUGCCAACUUAUUCAUGGACAGCUCUUAAGUAUUAUGCAAAAUAGAUACCCUUUGGGUUUCAGAAACCAGAACUUUUAACUUAAAAUAAACCUUGGCUAUAAAAGUUGUAUUUUAAUAUUUUAAAAAGUGAAGAGGUUGAAAUUUUGUUGGUGGGGACAUUUUUUUUUAAAAAAAUUAAUGUUUUAGAUGCUAACUUGGAGCUCCAGCCAAAGGAUCUUAGCCAUAAUAAAAACAAUAUUUUUGUCAAUUGCUUGUUUUCCUGUGUACAUGAGUUUGUUUAUAAUGGAUGCAUUCUUGAAAAAAAAAUCAAUUUAAAACUAUUAAUAUGUGUACAAAGUAUUCAGCUUGUAUAUUUUAUUUUGCAAGUGUUCUGUGACUUUUUUCUUUCAUACAGCUUGUGCUUUCUGCAUCUAUACAGGUAGUCCUCCACUUACAAUCAAUUGUUUAGUGUCCAUUUGAAGUUACAGUGGCACUGAAUAACAUAUGGAAUUAUAACCAUUUUUCACAAUUAUGACCAUUGCAGCAUCCCCAUGGUCACGUGAUCGAAAUUCAGACGCUUGGUAACUGGCGUGUAUUUAUGACAGUUGUAGUGUCCCAGGAUCAUAUGAUGAUCUUUUGCAACCUUCUGACAAGCACAGGCAAUGGGGAAAUCAGAUUCACUUAACAACUGCAGUUGUUAAUAACAGCUAUGGCAAGAAAGGUGAACAAAUGGGGCAAAACUCAACAAUUGUCUUGCUUAGCAAUGGGAAUUUUGGGCUCUUUUGUGGUCAUAAGUCAAGCACUACCUGUAUUUGUUUCAGCCAUAGGUCAUGGCUUCAUUUUAAAAAGGCUGUGCAACCUGAAAUUUAAUAUGUGUAUAUGGGCCCUUCAGCCUGCUAUGUAUUUGCUGUAAUCCCACUGGCCAGAUUUAUCACAUUAAUAUGUUAUAUCAAAUGUAUUUUCCUGCAAUGUAUAUAGAAAUGUACAUUCCUUUUAUCGUCUUCGAACUUUAUAUUUUAAUGUGCAUAACAUUUACCAGCAGUGUCUUAUAUAAAUGUUACUGUACAAUUUA